UAUCAUGGCGCAUGCCGAUAGUGUAGCUCCUCACUCUCUCGCCUAACUCUCAAGUCGACGCAUGUGCGCUCAUUUUCCAUUUCUUGUCUGGUUUUAUUUUUUAAAAAAGAACAAAGUUUUUCGUUUUCGCCUUCCGUUGCGGUGCCCACAACAACAGUCGCAUUUCCUUCCAUCGACCGACAACAGUUGGACGAAAAAAAAUGUUUGGCGGCUUACCAACUCCGACCGAAACUGAAGCUCCUGACAAUGUCCUGACGGCUGGAUCGGCCAGCACGACGGCCAGUGUUGACUAUCACCACCACCAUCAUCACGACCAUCCGGAUUGCGACGGCAGCCCCGGCAGUCAUGAAGAUCACAACGGCCAUCUAACAACAUCUCAAUCGGCUCACAUUACCCUCAGCAGUAGUAGCUACUACAGCACCUCAGGAUCAACAGGUGCUCUCAAUAAUUCCGGCCCUGUCGGCUCUCCUUUGCUCUACUACGACGGACCUCCAAACAGCCACCACUGGAUGACUCAAGGAUCGAUGGAGCAUCACCCGUCGCAACAGUCUCAGUCCAACUACGGCGGAGUCAUGAGUCGUUACAACAGCGUCGUCAGUUCAGUGCCGUCGACGCCGACGUCGCCUCGCAACAGCACCGGUAGCAGCAACAACAGCACGACCGGAGGAAGCGGUACGACUCGCCUUCCGCCUUACGCCACCACUUACGGCGACUACGGAGCAGCGGCGGCUGCAGCGGCGGCCGCAGCGGCAGCCGCCGCCACCGCUGCCGGAUGGCCUAAUGUUCCAUCCUCGCCUUCCUUUGAUUCCAACGGCCUGGGCGGUAGUUUGCCAUCGUCCGGAAGCGGCUGGAACGGCAACGGCGGCCACUCGCGCGGCGGACCCAGCAACAACGGCCGCCACCACAGUCUUCCGCACCAAUUCGGCAACAGUCCAGCCUCGAUGAUGCUCAACUCGUAUUGCACCAUGACCAACACAGAUGAGGAUUACGAGCAGGUGGACGGACGGGAAUGCGUCAAUUGCGGCUCGAUUUCGACGCCGUUGUGGCGUCGCGACGGCACCGGCCAUUACUUGUGCAACGCUUGCGGACUCUACCACAAGAUGAACAACGGCACCCAACGGCCUCUGAUCAAGCAAACACGUCGACUGUCGACCACGCGACGUUUGGGCCUGCGGUGCGCUAAUUGCGCUACGACGACGACCUCCCUGUGGCGCCGUAAUAACCAGGGCGAAACGGUCUGCAAUGCCUGCGGACUCUAUUUCAAAUUGCACGGCGUCAACCGACCCCUAGCCAUGAAGAAAGACAACAUCCAGACUCGCAAACGUAAGCGAAAGGGAGACACUACACCGGUGAACAAAGUUGUUUUGGGUGCCGCUCCGGCCAGUUCGUCGGGCAGUUCCGGCUCGGCCGGCCAUUCCGGCCACCACCACCACCUGAGCCAGCACCACAUCAACAGCAACCAGGGCCAGCAACAACAAGCGCUGACCAGCAGCAGUCUGGCCAAUCAUUUGAAUCCGGGAUCGCCCACCAAUAACUCUUACGGCGCUCCCAUCCCCAUGAUGAUGGGCAACAACGGAAGCGGCAAGUUGGUCUACCAACAACAUCACCAACACCACCACCAGGACCCGGCCAACAGCAUCAGUCCCAUCCACCACAGCGACUUGAUCAAAACCGAGCAGCACUCGGUUCUAAAUGAUGGAGAUUGCUUGUCGCCAGAGAACACGUCGCCCUACGUCAGUGGCAACGCCAGUCCGGUGGAAUCUCACCACCACCACCACCAUCACCACCAGCAGCAGCAACUGCACCAACAGUGUUACGAACUGCCGCCCAUGACGGCGAUGAACAUGACGGUUCAGCAACAACACCAGCAGCCGGGCUGCAGCAACAGCGGGGGCCAUUACAGCAACAACAAUUCGCCCGUCUCGUCGUCGUACCCGGGCUCCGUCAGCCCCAACAACAACAUCAUCUCGUCGCAAACCGGCAGCGGCGGCGGUGGUGGUGGUUUGAACAACAACGAUUUCAACACCUUUUCGGCCUACUACACCACGGCCAGCAACGCCAACAGCAGCCAACAACAGCAACAACACUAUUACACCAACGUGAUCCAGCAACAACAUUCACCAGACGACUGUUCUGGCGAUCAACAACAAUCCCUCAUGACCAGCUAAAGAUUAAAAAGACAAACAAAAAAACAUAAUUUACUAUUUUAUUAGGCUUUAAUAAUAAGUGACAUUUUUUUUUUUGGUUAUCUAAAAGGGGUUUCAAUUUAAUUGCAUAACAUAUUUUUUUUUCAUUAUUAUUAUUUUGCAUGCCUUUUAUUUUCAUUCAUUUUUUUGAAUUUUGUAGUUUAGUGACUACAAUCUUUGGUGAGUGCUUUCUAGUUCGUCCCUCAUUUUCAAUUUUUUGUUUUCAAUUAUUCAUGGUCGCGUCAUCAGCGCGCAGUCCUAUAUUAGUUGACUAAUUAAUGAUUGUAAUUCGCUUGUUAUUAUUUAGUUUUUUCGCAAUUUUCCUUUUUAUUUGAGAGUCUCCCGACCUUUUUGUUUUUAAAAAUGUUUGAUUGAAUUGUUCGUCGACCGAGACGACACAUUGAUGUUAUACAGCCGAGACCAAAGAAUAUGAAGACGACGACACACGUGCGACAUCAAAUUGAUUCGCGUGUCACAUUGACCCUACCACUCCCUUUUCUAGGCGACCCCACCUACACAUUUGAUUUUGAUGCUCCAAUUGAUUUCAUUUUUCUCUCGUGAACUCCUUUUUUUUCCAUCCUAUCCUCUUUCAUCGAUUUUAUGUUCAAAUGCUGAUGCUAGUAAUCUCAAAUGCUACAAGUGCACUUGUAAUCUCUUAUAUUCAAUGUUAUGUUGUGUCUGUGUGCGCGCGUUGGAAAUCAUCUUUCUCCAUUUCGCUUUUUCCUAUAUCCUUUUUCACCCCCGACAGUUUUUUAUUUCUUUUGACUGAAAUGUUGUUGUUGUUGUUUCAUCUCCUAUAAAUUUCGAUUGCAUCCAAUUUGAUGAUAGGAAGAUUUGUCUUACCUGAAACUACUGUGACGUGUAUAAUCUGUCUGUCUAAUGAAUGACGAUCGAUUCAUGAAUAUACUGCUGCAGUUUUGCAUCUGA